CCAGCGGUCAGGUUUGUUUUAUGAAAAACACACCCCCCAUUCCGGACCAGAAAAUCGCCCUUCUGUAUCAGAAUUUCCAACAUGGGCAUCGAAAGGAAGGGCAUUUCACUAAUAUCAGCUGUCAUAUUUAUUCAUUGUUUUAAUGCUGUAGUAGCUCCUACACCUAUGUCAUACAUCCGCACUAGUGGCAAACGAGAGAAAUCCGUUGGUAUCAGUCGAGUACCUGAAAGAAUUGAAGUGGCAAGUUGUCUUGGAAGAUGUCAGUUAACUCCAUCCUGCGUUUGUGUCAGGGUGUCCACAACUGGAAAUGGAGUUUGCGAAACUUUUACAAAUACCAGUAAUCCGAAUGUCCUGAAGACAACUGGAUUCGUUUAUUAUGCUGCGGCAAUGUACAAAAAAACUCUAGAAACAGACAGCUUAGCUCUGGCGAAACCCUCGUACCAAAGUUCGACGUAUCGAUUAAAGAAUGUGAAGUACACUGCAGAUCGAGCGAACGAUGGCAACAGAAACGUUGAAGGUUUCUUGCAGCCUUAUUUUGCCCAUACCAAAGAUGGUCCAGAUUCCGAGCCUUUUCCUUGGUGGCAGGUAGACUUAGAAGACGAAUACGUGAUAACUGGAAUUUACAUCCUCAACAGAAGGAACUGGGCUUUUCGUCUACAUGACAUUCAGAUCCGUGUGGGCCAUGUCAAACUGGGGAAAAAAUGGGACAAUGAGAUUUUUGAAGAAAAUUCACUCUGUGGAGAACACGUCGGUGGUGGAAUCGGUGAUGCAGUCGUAAGAAAAUUCAUAUGCCUUCCCUGUCCUCUUCAUGGCCGUUAUAUCAGCGUGCAGAUUAUUAAGUUUUGCGAUGACUGUCCUGAAAAUGAUGCUAAUGUUCUUCAACUCGCCGAAGUAGAUGUAUACGGUUUCAAACAUGUGGCAUAGCUUGAAAAUGUACUUCAUUUCUAAUUAUUUAUGUAUAUAUGCUUAUUUUUCUGUGUUUUCAAAAUGAUUUUAGUUUGUUUUAUCUAAGUAGAACAUUUCUCCGAUUUUAAAUGAAAAUAUUUAUUUACAUAAACCUUUGAUUUAUUUUAUUUUAUUUAUAUGACCUUUAUUUGCGUAAACUAUAUUUAUUUGUAACAAUCAAACUGUAUUUAUGUUGAAAUCUGCACUGUCUGUAUAGAAGUGUUAAAAUUGUGAAACCAUAAUAAAAAGUUUCUCACCAUCU